UUUAGGAGCCAGUCUGAAACUGACAAACGGGAAAUUUGUUGGAAUUUUUUUAAUUUUAGAGUGUUUACAUUUCACUUUGUAUCAAAAAUUAUUUUUUACAAGUCAGUGCAUUUCAAAAGUAUGAUUAAAUAGAAUGUCAUUAAGCAGAAACGCCUUGAAAGCUGUUAUCAUCGUUUGCAAACCCAUCAAGUAUAUAAUUUUUAAGCCAUAGUUUCUAAUAUCUCUAGCAUGGAUAAUCUCAGGCUUUAUCUAGCGACCUACAAUGUAGGCACUAGCAACCCGGAGCAGCGCCUGUUAGAUUUGUUGUCUAUAACAAGUCAGAAGGGUGAGAAAUUUCCAGAUUUCUAUGUCAUUGGUCUGCAAGAAGUGAAGUCUCAGCCUCAGAAUAUGCUUUUAGAUACGUUGUUUGAGGAUAAUUGGUCUGCAGCAUUACGCGAUAUUCUCGAUAAUAAGGGCUACAUUAAGUUAAAGUCCAUUCGAUUACAAGGAUUACUGCUUUCGGUGUUUUCACUGAGAAAACACUUGUUGAACAUCAGGGAGAUUGAGUCCGAAUAUACCAGAACUGGCUUAGCUGGAAUGUGGGGCAAUAAAGGCGCUGUUAGUAUACGAUUAAGUAUCUAUGGAUGUUCAUUAUGUUUUGUGAACUCACACCUGACCGCUCACGAUAAUCAGCUGAAAGAUCGAAUUGAAGACUACAACAGUAUUAUCAAAGACCAAGAUUUUCACGUUGAGGAAACUUCUAAAAUUUUAUACCACGACUAUGUGUUUUGGAUGGGUGAUUUGAAUUUCCGACUACUAGAAGACUUCGACAGAACUCCAGAAGAAAUAGAGAGAAGCGUAUUGAAAAAAGAUCUAAAAAAGCUACUGGAGCACGAUCAACUUAAGUAUGUUAUGAACAAGGGCGAAGCUUUUAGCGAAUUUACCGAAAAGGAUAUUGAAUUCGCUCCUACUUUUAAAUUUGAAGUGGGUGCAAAUGCUUACGACCAUAAAAGACGACCUGCAUGGUGUGAUCGGAUUCUCUAUUGCGUAAACUCACACAAUUACGAAAAUGUAAUUUUGAAAGUGGACCAGCUGUCUUAUAAAUCACAUCCGUCCUACGUACUGAGCGAUCACAAGCCAGUUAGUGGAGAUUUUAAUAUAAAGAUACCACGACCAGUAAAUAUAAGACCCAGAAAUGUUGCCCUAAAAUUAGCCCAAGUCGUUCCCGAUCAGGUGUUUUCAGAUUAUUCAGAGCAUGUGGUACAAUUCGACAAGGUUCCAGCUUGGGAAGAAGCGCAACAGAACAAAGCUUUUUACAUAGUUACCAAAGACAUUCCCGCUACAAAGGACGAUUGGAUUGGACUGUUUAAGGAGAACUUUACCUCAUUGGACGAUUAUGUAACCUAUGAAUAUGUUCAUAAAUGCACCACACCUGUGGAUGAACGAGGCCCCCCGACUAUGGAAAGGCCGCAAAAGUACCAAGUUACGAUUCCGGAUGUUCCGAGCAGAUGCAGAGGGAACUAUUGCCUUGUCUAUUUCAGCCAAACAGAAGAUAAGGUUAUGAGCGUAUUGGGAAUAAGUGACUCGUUUCCAAUAGUAAAAACGGAAAGUGAUUGACUAAAAAGUGAUGCAUACUUGCGACGUUGAGAGUCAUCAGCUCGUAGUAUGUUUGAGGUUUUUUUUUAGAUGUCAUCAGUACACCAAUACUUUUAGUUAGUUUAUGCUAGAAUGUCUAUUGAUGUUGAGUAACUUACUUCGAGUCUACCUGAAACUUGCCUACUUAUCUACAGUACAUAUGUUGCCCUUAAUAUACAAAGUUUAGGAACAAACUUUGUUGUGGAAUGUGAGGUUUGUUUUAUGGAGAGGUAUUUGAUAAUUGAAAGCAUUUUCUACCGUAUUUAUUAAACGAAAGCAAAUAUUUUAUAGCAAGAAAAGGAUUAUUCCUAAAUGCCGAUAGAUCCCCUUCUAUUGAAAUAUGAUAAAGAGUAUGCUAAUAUUGGUAAAAUUGAAAAAGGUAAAAAAAGCUAGAGCUUAAACUUUCUGGACGAACGGCUUGACAAAUUUGCAGCAUAAUAGAUUGGGUAUAUUUACCAAAAGCUGCCAGUUAACGAAAAAAUUAUGUUUCGGAGUUUUAUCCAAUAAUUCCCUAGCUUUGUAGUGAUAGUGAAAUAACAUUCCUUUAAUAUAACUUUUACUACCAUAUUCUAACUGGUUAUUUCCAUUUGCCAGUAAUGGCUAGACGUCAGUGUUAGAAAGGAAGCAGUAAGGCAAUUACAAAAUAUAUAUUGUGUUUGAUAAAAAUAAUAUAAAUUUUAGAUAAAAUUGUUUAAGCGUAUAGGAAAUGCUCAGCUGUCGCUUUUUUGCUGAAAUAUAGGUUUAAAAGUUCGAGAAUAGGUUUAAUAUGUUCACGUAGUUCAAGUAACACCCCGAUAUUUAGUUCUAAUGCACUGAUUACAUUGCUGUCUUUAAAUCAAAUAUAUAGCGCUAACGUCUACUUAAAUAUGUACCUAUAUUUGAUAUAGCUGUUAUGGUUGUUAUUAUUUUGUAAGUAAUGUACUAUUUAAUUUUCUACCGUCCUAUUCAUUCAUCCUAUUUGUUGAUAUAUAAUGUCAAAGUAUGAAUAUACGCAAUUGAAUAAAUCACACCAAUGUAGUAUUA